AAUUAUGUCUCGUUACUACUGUUCCUACAAAUCCAGUUCCCCGUCCUGAGCGAUGUGUUGAACAAUAAAAUCCAAUGCAAUAUCUGUUCGCAAGGAUAUUCACCAAACGAUUGCAUCAAAAUUAUUAAUUUUAUACAAUAUUUGCGCACAAAGUCUACAACUCAAACCUGCGAGUCCUAUAAUAGGGAGGACAGGCAUGCAGUGAUUAAAUGUUUUGAAUGCGAUUGGGUUUGUGGUGAGCGUCUGGCACUUCACUCAAUAAUGAAAGCAUUAAUAACCCAUAAAUUGGAUGAAAGCACUCGACGUACGGCUAAUACUAUUGUCUCCGAUCAGAGGCUACAUUCGGGACAAAUAUUUUUCUGUGACUUUAAUGACUGUUCGCAACACUUCCAGACAUGGAGUUCCCUUAAAGCCUAUGAAUCUACUGGUGAGCAUCUAUUGGGACAGGCAUUCAAGUGCGGACUCAAUGGAUGCGAUUAUCAAACCCUUUAUAAACACGUAUUAAUCGAUCACAUGUCGCAACAUAUGACCCACACAUCUAGUGUCCAAACAUCUAAAUCUAAAUAUAGCUGUAAGUGGGAGGGCUGUGGACAGGCAUUUGAUAAUCGCAAAUAUUUGAACAAGCAUAGACAAACCCAUACUGUUUCAUACCCGUGCUUGGUAGAGGGGUGUUCAACCACCUAUAGCAAACAGCGGUACCUAACUACGCAUAACUACCUGGCUCAUGGCAAAAAGUACAGGUGCGAUAAUGGUGCAUGCACAUUCGCGAGUAAUAUGAAAUCAGAUUUUAUUGCACACCAAUUGACUCAUUCAACUAAUCGGUUGCAUAAGUGUUUGUUCACCGGAUGUCCACAACUGUAUAAGAGUGUGGAAGGUUUGACUGGACAUCAACUGACACAUCAUCCCGACGCCUUUCCGGACAUACCGUGGAUGGAGUGCUCGCAUACCAUACCUUCGACGGCACCUCAAUGUAAAGCACCGUGCAUUAAG